UGUCAGAAAGUGCAGAGCCUUGUCGCGAAGAAGAAAGAGCCCGUCGUCGUCGUCGUCGUCCCUCCCGUCGUAUCAUUCAUACUGAACAUCGUCGUCGUCAAUCAAGAAGCGAAGCGAAGAAAAAAGAUCUCCAUUGGAAAGUGGUCCUGAGGAAAUAAGGAUUUUCGAAUAGCAGAAAAGGAGAUUGUCUCGAUAAAGUGCGGUGCGUCGCGACGGUCGAUUUGUGGAUUUCCAGAAGAGAAAACUCGCGCCCGUGUGUGUGUGCAUGCGAAGAAAGAAUACGCGGAGGAAAAUACAAAGUUACAAGUGCGGAGUCUGAGUUCGAAGCAAAAAAUCAGCCUUUUUUGUGUGCGGAAUCAUCGGAACAAGGAGGAGUUUUGCAGGAGAGUAUCGAACCGAGGAGGAACGAGGAAAUGUCCGCAUCCGCGAUGAGUCCCGAAUACGAUUACCUGUUCAAACUACUGCUGAUUGGCGACUCGGGAGUGGGAAAGUCUUGCCUGCUGUUGAGAUUUGCGGACGAUACAUACACGGAAAGCUAUAUCAGCACAAUCGGUGUAGAUUUUAAAAUUAGAACAAUUGACUUGGAUGGAAAAACAAUCAAACUGCAAAUUUGGGACACCGCCGGCCAGGAGCGCUUCCGUACGAUAACGUCGUCGUACUACCGGGGUGCGCACGGUAUCAUCGUGGUGUACGACUGCACCGACCAGGAAUCGUUCAACAACGUCAAAACGUGGCUGGAGGAAAUCGAACGCUAUGCCUGCGAGAACGUCAACAAGCUGCUGGUCGGCAACAAGUGCGAUCUGCAGACAAAGAAGGUCGUCGACACGACCACGGCUAUGGAAUACGCGAACCAGCUCGGCAUUCCGUUCCUGGAGACGUCCGCCAAGAACGCCACCAACGUAGAGCAGGCAUUCAUGACGAUGGCAGCGGAGAUCAAGAAUCGCGUUGGGCCGCCGUCGAGCGCCGCGGAAGCACCCAGUGCCGUCAAGAUCGACAAAAGCCGCAGCGUCGAGUCCAAGUCCGGCUGUUGCUGAACAGCUUUACCUUUGUUGUUCUCAGUUUCUCUUGUAUAUUUCCCCCUCCAAAACAAACAAACCAACAAAAAUGGUAAGAUGGCGCGUUUUGCAGUGUGAAGAUAACCACAACAACAACAAAAACAAGAACAAUAGGCUUGUCUGCUUCUUCUGAUGAACUUAAACUAUUGUGCACCCACUACAACUACUACAAUUACCUAGUAAUCUUAUAUUGAAAUACUACAACUUAUUACAAAACAAAAACACUACCGAUAUCCGAUUGAUUCUCUUCAUUCGAAAUCAGAUCGAACCGCAAAGCCCCAUUCUUCCUCCCUUCUUCCUCCGGAACGAGGGAGAACCAUUUCAAUCAAGUUGAGAAACACUGAGAGAGAGACAGGCGGACAGCCAGCAAAGAGAGGGAUAACCAGUUUAGUGUAUGAUUUAAUAACCCAAGAUCUAUUUAGGCAGACGAAAGUGUGAGGAAGUUAUAGCAAAGCGAGGUGAGAUGAGCAACAGAAAAAGAAAGAUGAAGUAACGCUAGUAUAAGGAAAAUAAUUAUUCAUUAGAGGAAAUACUUUUACUAGAAAGAACCAACCAAGAGAGACGGAGAGGGAUAAACAAUGAUAAGAGGAUUCCAAAAAGAAAACAUUAAGGUGAAAGCAGAAGCAAACAUUUGUAACGGUCGGAAUCCACAUGGAUUGGGGACGAUCGUAUAAGGACAAACAAAACCAACAUGGAUGCAAGAAAAACGCAAACACUCAAGAAAAAAAAACAAGGUAAGGUUUAAAUAAAUUCGCAAUUUUGAUUAAUUUUGGCCGCAAGCGCUAUUAGCAAAUUGGAACCGACGCCACUACCAUGGGGUUUUUGUUAUUUCUCGCAGAAAGAAAGCUUGUGGCGGGGGUUUCUCCACGAAACAGAACAAUAGAAACAAGCACCCGGAAAUCGACAUGGUAGGAUCUUUUCAUAGAGUUCACAACUUUGGAGAAUCGUCCGAUAAAGAAUGCGCAAUUCCCCCACAUGGACAGAAACGUGUCUCCUGCUGAGACAUAUAUCUGACACCUUCUUGGUUUAUGUGGUAGUUUAGCAGACCGUUGAGUGGGCGGUGUCAAUACUUGGGAAGCCCCUCCCGUUUCUGCAGUCGCUUUCAAGAACCAUGGCGCCAAAUUUCAGUCUUGUCCUCUGAUGCUUCUGACAAAACAGCAAACAAAUCGCAUUAUUCCACGCACUAGCAUAUAGUAGGUAUAAUAGUGAAUCAUCCGUUUCGUCCUCUUCUUGAUCGACUUUUCUACAGUUUAACAAUACAACUAUGAUUAGCUUUUUUGUCUGUGGUGAACGAGCAACAGUUGUAAUUCCGCGUUGAACUCGGUGCACGGUUUUAGCGCACGUAUUGGUAAACUAGGAAGAUGUGCAAAACAGGUUUUAGAAGCCUAAUCAAUUAGAGUUUUUUCGUAUUAAUACCACACGGGAAAAGAAAAUCUUAGCCCCAUUUCCUUUCUUCUUUUCUUUGUGUCUAUUAUUUUAGUUAGGCGAAAGCUAAUUGGAGAAAGAUACAUAUAUUGGCUGUAUUUAUUCGUUCAAUAGAUCCUCAUUCAAAUAAUAAGACAAGAAAACACAGUUAAAAAUAGAUUUACGCUCCGCCCUCUCCUAUGAUAGAAGCAAUAUCCUUUUCAUCUAAAAUCAAAACACCCCGAAUCAAACUUCAUUCGUAUGGCCGCCUUCCGCUCUCGACACCGUUUUUGUAACCGACCAGUAAUUCCAUAGAUCCGAGCGAAGAGUGCGGGGCAAGAUUACGAUUUGAUUUGUGACCCCACGCGUGAUUUACCGAGCUAACAACAAUAAGGCAGACAUUGUUCAACCACGAGAUUGAUUGUGAUGAUCCUUAUAGUUUUCAAAAUCGAAGAAAAUCAACCAACAACAGCAAAUACAACAACCAAUAAUAGACGGAAAACGUAAAGUUACAGCAGAAAAAUCGUAAAUAAAAAAAAUAUUAAAAAUUUAA